CUAUGUUUUUCUUCUUGUUUGGUUGGUCUCUCUAUAUUGCUCUCACCACUUUUUAAAGACCCCAUUUUUUUUCCUAAUAUCAACACAACUACUCCUCUUUUUCCAUUAUUGAUUUUCUCAGAUGUCCAGAUUCACAGAAUGAGAAUGCUGUAGACUCUUCUUAAGUCAACCUUUAAAAUUUCCCAAGCAGCUUCUUUUUUCUCCGGUCUUUCUACCAUAGUAGCCAUUGGCACUGUGACUUCUUCUUCUUCCUUGCCAUACAUAGCGAAAUCAAAAGCUUCAAUUUUUGGUAAGAUAAAGUGAUUCAAAAGGGAGAGGAACGAUGAGCUCUGUGAAUCUUACAUGGGUUCAAACCUGUUCCAUGUUCAACCAAGCAGGUAGAUCCAGAUCCUCAACUUUCAAUCUCCUCCACUACCAUCCUUUGAAAAAAGUACCUUUUUCAUUCCAAACCCCAAAACAAAGACGACCCACUUCAUCUUUUUCAUCCAUUUCCGCAGUCCUGACCGAGCAAGAAGCCGUUACAGAAGACGAAGAGCAAAAAUCCACCUUCAAUUUCAAGUCAUACAUGGUCCAGAAGGCCAACUCAGUCAACCAAGCUUUAGACGCUGCCGUUUUGCUCCGUGAGCCCCAGAUGAUCCACGAAGCCAUGCGUUACUCUCUCCUGGCCGGAGGGAAGCGAGUUCGGCCCGUGCUAUGUCUCUCAGCCUGUGAGCUCGUCGGUGGCGACGAGUCCGUGGCCAUGCCCGCCGCCUGCGCCGUCGAGAUGAUCCAUACUAUGUCUCUGAUCCACGACGACCUCCCUUGUAUGGACAACGACGACCUCCGCCGUGGAAAGCCCACUAACCACAAGGUCUUCGGCGAAGACGUCGCCGUUUUGGCCGGGGACGCACUCUUGGCCUAUGCUUUCGAGCACGUGGCGGUUUCCACCGUUGGUGUCCCAGCGGCCAGGAUUAUCCGGGCCAUAGGUGAGCUGGCCAAGUCAAUUGGGUCAGAAGGACUCGUGGCUGGGCAAGUGGUUGAUAUUGAUUCAGAAGGUUUGGCUAAUGUUGGGCUUGAGCAACUUGAGUUCAUCCACCUCCACAAGACGGCGGCGCUUCUGGAGGCUUCGGUGGUUUUGGGAGCCAUUCUUGGUGGUGGCACUGAUGAGCAAGUUGAGGAACUGAGGAGCUUCGCUAGGUGUAUUGGGCUGCUGUUUCAGGUUGUGGAUGACAUUCUUGAUGUGACCAAAUCUUCUCAAGAAUUGGGUAAGACAGCAGGGAAAGACUUGGUGGCUGAUAAGGCUACUUAUCCAAGGCUAAUGGGGAUUGAGAAAUCAAGAGAGUUUGCUGAGAAAUUGAACAGAGAAGCCCAAGAACAUCUCUGUGGUUUUGAUCCCCAAAAGGCAGCUCCUUUGAUUGCUUUGGCUAAUUAUAUUGCUUAUAGGCAAAACUAAUAUCACUACUGUUACUGCUAUUUAUUAGAAAAAUUGAUAAGUGGUGCUCCACUUUGAUAUGUAUGUGUAAAAAUUGUUUUGGUUGGGGUUCGCUGCAGCCGCUUUUAAUUUUAUAAUAGUUGAGAGCAAGUUUUGAGAAAGCUAGCAGGUGAGCUCAUGUCAAAUCUUGCAAAAUUCAUAUACUUAUGAUCCUGUUUUUACUUUAUUUUUUUCUCAGUGAAAUAAAACAUUUUCUGUAACCCUUUGGUCUUCUUUGUAACAAGUGUUUAGCUAAAAAAAAGGGUUAUCUUUUCCCAACA